ACCAUGUUUCCAAACAGAGCUAAACCACAUGUAAAAAACAAAGGGAAUGUGCCAGACUGUCUUAUGAUCAAGUAUUUAUAGUAAAGCUAUUAAUGGAAUAGUCACUACUGGGGAGUGGAGAUCCUAAAUAUAAAUGAAAAUUCUGAUGUGCUAAUCCUUAACGGUGAAAACUUCAGUGCUGUCCUAGAGGAUAUAACAAAAGUAAAUCUGUCUGCAUUCCACAUGGAUAAUUACACCAGUGAUGAAGACAUCGAUGAUGACUUUGACACCCAGCUCAUCAUUCAACAGAGUUUACAGGAUAUUCACAAGCCAGGAACUGCACAGCAGUCACCUGAGGAUGAGAGCUUUUUGAGUGCUUACUAUAAGAAGAUAGUUGAAACAAUAGAGACAGGUAAGGAAGAUGUAUUGUCACAGUUGACCAAGUACCAUUCAGCUUUUGAUGAAGCAGAUGAGAUAGGCUGGCUUCCUCUUCAUAAGGCUGCAGUACAAUUAAAUAAGAACAUUUUGGAAAUCACCCUGAAAGCCUCAAAACUCAGUGUUUGGGAGCAAACCACUCACAAUGGUGAAACGCCACUGUUUUUGGCUGUCAGCAAUUGCCUCUUAGAAAACGUCAGUUUUCUCCUUCUCAAUGGCUGCAAUCCAAAUGCCAAGAAUGUCGAAGGCAAUUCACCUCUUCUUACAGCUGUUCUACAGGACUCCUACGAUAUGGCCUCCUUGCUGAUCAGCCAUGGAGCCAAUGUCAAUCUGUUGUGUGCCAACAAGAGGACAGCACUCCACGAAGCAGCCAAGCUGGGCAGACGGGACAUAGUGGCGCUCCUGCUGGCUUCCGGGGCACACCCUGACCCACAGAGCUCCUACGGGUUCACUCCUCUUGCUCUUGCUGCCCAGAGCGGACACACUGAAAUCAUGGAACUCUUACUGCGGAAAGGAGCUAAUGCUCUUGGUCAGGCCUCUGACUCUUCUUCCAUCUUACUUGAAGCUGCUAGCGGAGGAAAUCCAGACUCGGUGACUCUCUUGCUAGAGUAUGGAGCUGAUGCCAACGUCCCUAAGAAUUCAGGUCACCUGCCCAUUCAUGUAGCAGCUGACAGAGGUCACUUGUUAGCUCUGAAGAUUUUGGUUCCUGUUACUGAUUUUGCUGCCAUUAAGCGGAGUGGCAUCAGUCCAGUUCACUGUGCAGCAGCAGGAGCACACCCCAAAUGCCUGGAACUUCUCAUCCAGGCGGGAUUUGAUGUGAAUUUCAUGCUCGAUCAGAGAAUCCGCAAACACUACGAUGACCACAGGAAGUCAGCUCUGUAUUUCGCUGUAUCAAAUGGUGACCUCGCUUCAGUUAGGCUGCUUCUGAGUGCUGGAGCUCUGCCUAAUCAAGACCCAGUUAACUGCCUCCAGAUAGCCCUCAGAAUGGGCAACUAUGAGCUGGUAAGUCUGCUGCUACGGCACGGGGCGAACGUUAAUUACUUCUGCAGAGUCAACCCUUUACAUUUCCCAUCGGCCCUGCAAUACACUCUGAAAGAUGAAGUCAUGCUCAGGAUGCUGCUGAAUUAUGGGUAUGACACAGAGCGAUGCUUUGAUUGUCCUCAUGGAGACAAAUCUCAUCCUUUCUAUGCUUUUGAAGGCUGGACGUCUACAGUUAUCAAAGAUACUAUGUUCUGUGAAGUAAUAACUUUGUCGUGGCUGCAGCAUCUGUCUGGGAAUGUUGUUCGAGUGAUGCUGGAUUAUGUUGACCAAGUUAGGAUCUGUUCAAAGUUGAAAGCUGUGCUCCAAAAACAGGGGCUCUGGUCAGAAAUCCAUUUUAUCUUGACAAACCCUCGCUCUCUGAAACAUUUGUGCCGCCUCAAGAUCCGGAAGUGUAUGGGACGUUUACGCCUGCGUUGCCCCGUCUUCAUGUCAUUUCUUCCAUUACCCAAUCGUCUGAAGUCAUAUGUCCUUUACAAAGAAUACGACCUUUAUGAACAAGGAAUUUUCACAGGAACCUGGUAAUCAAACUAUUCUGGAUGAAAAGGUUUCUGAAUGUGGAAGUGAGGAAAGAAACUGAGAAGACAUUCAUUCAGCCACACCUGUAUACCGUCAUAUGGCACAUCAACACAGAGAACGGAGGGGCAGCAUUAUGGCCACAGGCCCAGUCAGUUAUAGCUUGACGUUUAUGUGUUCAGUCUUAGCAUACUUUUUUUUUCUUUUUUUGCAUAAUACGGUCCUUCUUAUGGAAACUGAAGCUGUAUGAUUUCUUUCUGAUGUAGGGAUUCAUGGCUAUAUAGACUGUUUCAGUAAGUACAGACUUAAAAUUACUUUUAUAAUAUAGUUUUCACAUAGAAAAUUUGUAAAACUAGCUGGCAUGAAUAGUUUUUUAUUUUUUUUUAAUCAAAGUGUGGUGUCUGUUUAUAAAUGAGUGCUAGAUUAUAUGUAUGUUCAUAUACAAAUAUGUUUAAGAUAUACAUGCACCUAGAUAAAUUAUAUAAUUCUAAAGUUAAUUUCAUCUAUUCCCUGGACCUCCUACGAAUGUACACAUUUCAUAAAAUUCAAAACAAAUUAAAACAGAAACUGCCAGUAGAACAGAACUUAGUAAAUGUUAUAGGGAACCACAGAGAGCACAGCAGAUGUAUAUUUAUUAGUAUUACAACUACAGGCCCAACCCACGUAAGCUGGCAUACACAAUAACCUGGUCCUUUAAACUAUAGGAAUUCCUUUGACUAGGACCAAGCACAGCAAGUAUACACUGUAACAUGUCUAGGGUAAUUACUGAAAAGUCCCUUAAUUUUUCUAAAAGUCACUAGAUAUGAAUUAGUACUAUUUCCUCAUGAGUGACAUUCCCUCCCCACAUUUUAGUUGUUAUGGGAUUGCAAUAGAGUUAGAUGUGUAAUGGUAUCAUAAAAGAUUAAGAAAAUGUCCAUUUGUUUUAUAAGCAUCAUUUGAAAUUACUCGGAGCAAUAAAAUUCAGAGUAUAUACCAGAUAUUUCAUACAAAAAAGACUAUAAAAAAUCAUGGACUUUAUUAUACAUUAAAAAUCUCCUAACAGCAUAUUUCCUGAAGCCUUAUCAGGAAUACUUAUUUU